AUUAUUGCAUAAUUUGGCAUUUCCUCGAACACAUAACGAAUCAGAAAAGGAAGAAGAAACCAUAUACAGUCUGCAAUGGCUUCCUCCAAUCUCACCAACCUCACCAUUCCUCCAAUUUCAUCUUCUUCUCGUCCCUUCAACGAUUCCAACCCCACCAGCCCACAAGUCAUACACAGUAGGUCCCACUCCUUCGUCGGUCCCUCCCCUCGCUUCCCUCCUCCACCCUCCGACAACAACAACUCUCUCUUCUUCCUCGACGAACUCACUUCCAACAGCGACGAAGAAGAAGAAAACGAAGAAAUUCAACAACCCCUCCAACACAAAUUCGGACCCGCAGAUUUCCAAAUUCUCAGAGUUGUAGGACAAGGUGCCUUUGGCAAAGUCUUCAUGGUCAGAAAAAAAGGUGGAGAUUCAAAUUCAAAUUCUUCAAACGGAAUAUUCGCCAUGAAGGUUAUGAGAAAAGACAACAUCAUUAAGAAAAAUCAUGUUGAUUAUAUGAAAGCUGAGAGAGAUAUUCUUACUAAAGUUCUUCAUCCUUUCAUUGUUCCUCUUCGCUACUCUUUCCAAACUAAAUCUAAAUUAUAUUUGAUUUUGGACUUUAUAAAUGGUGGCCAUCUUUUCUUUCAUUUAUGUCGACAAGGCAUUUUUAGUGAGGAUGAGGCAAGGAUUUACACUGCUGAGAUUGUAUCUGCUGUUUCACAUCUUCACAGUAAAGGCAUUGUGCAUCGAGAUCUUAAACCCGAAAACAUACUCAUGGAUUCUCAUGGCCAUGUGAUGUUAACUGAUUUUGGAAUGUCGAAAGAGAUUGAGGAAUCUCAGAGAUCUAACUCUAUGUGUGGGACUACUGAAUAUAUGGCCCCGGAAAUCCUUCUUGGUAAAGGACAUAACAAGGAUGCGGAUUGGUGGAGUGUUGGUGCGCUCUUGUAUGAAAUGAUAACGGGGAAGGCACCAUUUACACAUACAAACAGAAAGAAACUGCAGGAGAAAAUUAUUAAAGAGAAAGUUAAAUUUCCACCGUACCUUACCAGUGACGCUCAUUCUUUGCUCAAAGGAUUGCUGCAAAAGGAUCCAUCGACAAGGUUAGGCAGUGGGCCAAAUGGAGAUGAGCAGAUAAAAAAUCAUAAAUGGUUUAAGUCGAUCAAUUGGACCAAAUUGGAGGCAAGAGAAGUGCAGCCCAAGUUUAAACCAGCUGAUGUGGCUGGAAAAGAGUGCACGGCUAAUUUUGAUCGAUGCUGGACAACAAUGCCUCUCGAGGACUCACCAGCAUCAACUCCUACAGCAGGUGACCAUUUUCAGGGCUAUACUUAUGUGGCACCGAAUCCUUGGCUUUCUUCUAGAUAAAACUGAUAGCACUGAAAUCCAAAGGAAAAUGUUUAUAUGGACUGAUUAAAGAAUAACACGAAGAAGGCACGCCUCACUGAUUUUAAAUUUGUUUUCUUGGCAAGUAAGUAACACAGAUCUCUCACAAAGGUGCCAUCCAGUCUAUUUUCAAAGUUGUUUUUAAAUGAGCAUUGUGAUGGUUAAUCUCACAGAUGAAUAUAUAGAUAGAUGAAUAGAGUUUCCAGUGGCUCUGAUGUAGCUUUCAUAUUUGUGCAGCUUGGUUUAGUUCUUGUUAUGAACUAAUACAAGGUCAAAAUUACUUGAAUAGCUUUGUUUAUAUCAGCAUUAACAUAUUUGGCUAGCUAUUGUGCGUGAGGGUGGCAUAUUUAUAUUUGACUUCUUGUUCGUCAAAAGCAUUGUAUUUGUACGUAUCGAAUUGCUGUCAGUGUCCUAUUUUAUGACAGAAAGCUAACAUUUAAAGCUUACUCCUUGUGUAUUUAGCCAGGAGCUAUUGAAGAUUCAGCUAUCAUGUGGUUAUAAAUCUCUUAAGUGGCA